CGACGCGGCAGCGACGCAGCAGAGAAAACUCGUUGUUGCCUUUCGUUUCACUAAAUUUUUAUAUAACUUUCGGAGUGACACGGCCGACACAUAAACAAAAUAGAAAUCUCAAUUUUGAACUUUAGUGUUCACUCUUCAAAAUUUACUUGCAGUUCGAAAUUAUUUGUGCUUAAGGUCAAAAAUUUCCAGACGGAGUAAACAAACAAGAACAACAACAGCUGAGACAGCAACAACAACAACGAACAACCUGUGCGCGUUUGAUUAAUAUUCCUGGUUAGAUAUAUUCAAUAAGCAGUCGGUAGCAUCAUGUCGAUCAGGCGAGCUAUGUCCACAACGGCCUCCAAGGAGUGGCGGGAUUACUUUAUGAGUACCCACUUCUGGGGUCCGGUGGCCAACUGGGGUAUUCCUGUUGCAGCUCUUGCCGACACACAAAAGAGUCCCAAGUUCAUCUCGGGCAAAAUGACAUUGGCACUGACCCUCUACUCGUGCAUCUUCAUGCGAUUUGCCUACAAGGUCCAGCCCAGGAACUGGCUGCUCUUUGCCUGCCAUGCUACCAAUGCUACAGCCCAAACGAUCCAGGGACUACGUUUCCUCCACUACAAUUACGGGUCCAAGGAGCAGCAAGCGUAAAUAAUGAAACCACCUUGCCUUGAAACCCGGCUACCCCGAGAACGACGCGCGCGAAGUCACUUCAAAUGUUUACCCAACAGCAAGCAGCUAUCGCAAUUUACUGUCACCACACGCAACAAGCAUCUAGCAAAUUGCACUGCCACCCAAUUCAAAUCCGAGUGGUAAAGUAAUUGCCGUGAAUCACACCCGCACAAUUGGCUGAAUCUCGAAUCGCGAAGUUGUCGUUGCCCACGUUGUUGUUAUCUCUGGGGUCAUAUCCCAAUUCCAAUUGAGUCUAUCCCAAAUCUGUUACUUUGCCUAUUUAGUUAAUUCCAUUUGGCAGUUGAUCAAAAUUUUCAUUCGGUGCAAUCCUUAGUUUACGAUAAUAGAGUAUGUGUACAACAAUAUGGUUUAAAGUUUAAUAAAAAAAAAAAAAAAUCGAA